CCAAUGACAGGCAGCUUUCCGUCAGCGUAGUAUUUUCUACAAAAUAUCUAAAAUAAAGAGUGAUUAUUAUUGUAUUUCUAAAGUUUAUACUUAGUGUAUUUUAUAAACAAACUAUAUUUAAUAUGUUUAGUUAUUGUGCAAACUGUUAGCGUGUGAAUAGAGAUAAAUGUGAAUGUUCGGACUCCAUUCUACAAUGAAAGAUGUCGUACUAUUGGUAUGUGUACAGCCGAACAAAACGAAAGUGACUAGUUGACCGUGUGUUAAACGGUGAUUACUGAAACACUCGACUGGAAUAAAAAUGGCGCAGACGAUCAGGCGAGCGAUUGAGGGUCGAUACCCAUCCUGUUACAUACCUAGUAGGAUAAAAGAAAGAAGAGCAAAAGCCAGGGCAUUAAGGUUAGAACAGCAGAGGAAACCUGAUAAGCCUGAGGACUUUGUGUGUUAUUCAGAUAGUGACAGUGAAGAGGAGACUCCGGCACAACAACACAAAAUAUUAUCAACAUCAUAUAACUUUGUGGAUUAUGUACGAUCUCGGGAGAUACAGUCCAAUGAGCCUCGCUCAGUGGAGCCGUCGUACGCGACGAGACACAUGCUCACCCACGACAUGUUCCGGGAGACCCCCAUCAACCUUGGGAACAUGAACAAGGUGUUCUGCUCACAGUGGCUCUCUGAUAGACAAGUUGUCUUCGGCACUAAAUGUAAUAAGCUAAUGGUCUACGAUGUCCGUCGCCGGUCCCUGGACAGCAUCCCCACGUUAAGGCCUCGGGCGCCCUGGGCCGGCGCAGACCAACAGACUGGCAUACACGCACUACAGAUAAACCCUUCUAGGACGUUACUAGCGACGGGUGCCCGCAACUCGUGUGAGCUAGCGAUAUACAGUCUGCCUACACUAGACCCUGUCUGUGUGGGCGAGGCGCAUAAAGACUGGAUCCUGGACAUGUGUUGGCUGGACGACGAAUUCUUGGUGACCGGAUCACGCGACUCCAAGCUCGCACUGUGGCGCGCGCCCGGCGCCGCGCCCCGCCACCACUCGCACCACUACGUCGCUCCACUCGCCGUCAAGGAGUGUCGCUCCGGUCAAAAAGUCCGGGCUCUUACCUUUAACCAGCGUUGGCGGGAGAUAGCUGCGCUGACCCUGAACGGAUACAUCCACGUAUUCAACGCGGAAACAUUCCGCCAGACUCUGUCAAGAAAACUGCCGUCCUGCCAGGACCUCGUGUGUCUGGCUACACAGGAGAGCGGUGUUUACGCGAUAGGCUGUAAGUCGUACACGCUCCUGUUGGACUGCCGCACGCUGCAGUCUGUGAAGAAGAUCACGUCGCGGUACAACGGCUGCGGGAUCCGAUCCGCGUCCUUCCGGGGGGACAUGCUCACCAUCGGGACCGGACUAGGUUUGUUGAUGUUCUACGACCUGCGCGCGGGCAAAUAUCUGGAGAGUAAUAUACAUUCUACCAAAACUGUCACGCUCAAGGCUUCGAGGGGAUAUGUGUUCCCCGACGAGGAAGCAGACGGCUUCAGCCAAGUGAAGCAUGUCCCAGCAAUAUACACGCAUUGCUACGACGACAGCGGAACCAGGAUCUUCACUGCUGGGGGCCCACUACCAGCCCCGCUCAUAGGAAACUACGCUGGACUCUGGCAAUAACAUCUACUAAUAUUGGCCAUAGUGAGCAUCAUUUUGUCCACUCCUGGACAAUUUUCUUUGGGAAUGGCAAUGUUAUCUUGAUCCUCUGUUGUCUCUUUUCUACUGUAGGGCAAAAGCAUCCAAAAUGAAGAAAAACAUUCAAAUAUUUUUUA